AAAGUCGCCCGCUAGUCCGUCACCGGGGGAAGAUCUAGCCCUCCUGUCUGCUCCCAGACACAGCCUCGCACUUGCCCCCCUGUCUGUAGCGUGACCUGAGCUCUCACAACUCAGCUAGGCUCCCUCUGUCUCCCCUCUCACCACCUCCCCCUGAUCCUCGGCGUGCAAGCGACGAUGCAGCUCAAGCUCGCGUCCCUCGCCACGUGGGUGCUGGCGGCCCUGCCGGCGGCGCAGGCGCACUACCGGUUCAGCAAGCUCAUCGUGGGCGGGCGGCUGUCGGGCGACUGGGACUACAUACGCGAGAACAGCAACGGCAUCAUGCCGACCAAGCAGUUCCUGCGGCCCAGCGACGACUUCCGCUGCAACUCGGGCUCCUUCGCCAACGCCGGCCGCACAAAGGUCGCAAAGGUGGCGGCCGGCGACCGCCUCGGCUUCGAGCUGUGGUACUACGCCACCAUGCGGCACCCGGGGCCCCUGACCAUCCACAUGUCCAAGGCGCCCGGGGACGUGCGCCAGUACAGGGGCGACGGCGACUGGUUCAAGGUCCACCAGAUGAUCAUCUGCCGAGGCCCGACGGGCGGAUACCUGGACGACAAGGACUGGUGCACCUGGGAUCAGGCCCAGAUUCACUUCACCAUCCCCAAGGACACGCCCCCCGGGCAGUACCUCGUACGCAUCGAACACAUCGCCCUGCACGGGGCCAAAAGCGGCGACACCGAGUUCUACUUCGAAUGCGCGCAGAUCGAGGUUACGGGCAACGGCAACGGACGACCGGGCCCCAUGGUCAAGAUCCCCGGGCUCUACGACUCCAACGACCCGGCGCUGCGCUACUUCAUCUACGGCGCCCGCAAUUACCCCUACACCAACGUCGGCAAACACGCCGUUUGGACAGGCGGUAACGGCGGCGGCGGCUCCAACACCAGCCCGGCCCCCAACAACCCGGCCCCCAACAACCCGGCCCCCAACAACCCGGCCCCGAACGAGCCGUCCAGGCCGCCCAGCGGCGGCGCGGGCGCCGCCGCGCCGCUGUGGGGACAGUGCGGCGGGAGCGGCUGGAACGGCGCGACGCGGUGCUCCGAGGGGUCGUGCAAGGCCUCCAACGAGUGGUACUCGCAGUGCGUGAAAUGAGGUGGCUUGAACAAUGGGGUGGAGGGCGGCCCUGUUUCUCUGUAGACACGCGGUCGGGAAGCUGUUGGCUUGCGGUGGCCGACAUGUCAAGUCCGUGCCGGAACGCCGCCUUUCGAGAGUUGGACAGAGCGAUAGCCAAACAAGCCGUGCCAAG